AGGUGCCAGGACAUCUUUAAAGCCUUACCUGACCAACAGAGACCCAUCAGAGUGGUUCUGACCAAUGGCGUGGCUGGUGUUGGAAAAACCUUCUCAGUGCAGAAGUUCACUCUGGACUGGGCAGAGGGCUUGGAGAACCAACAUGUCAGUGUGGUGGUUCUGCUUUCAUUCAGGGAGCUGAACCUGAUCAGAGAUGAGCAGUACAGUCUUCUGGAGCUGCUCCAUGUUUUCCAUCCAACACUACAGAAGGUCACAGCAGAGAAGCUGGCUGUCUCUCAGCUUUUGUUCAUCUUUGACGGCCUGGAUGAAAGCAGACUUUCAUUGGAUUUCACCAAGAGGAAGCUGCUGUCUGAUGUCACACAGAAGUCAUCAGUCAGCCAGCUGCUGACAAACCUCAUCCAGGGGAAUCUGCUUCCCUCGGCUCUCGUCUGGAUCACUUCCCGACCUGCAGCAGCCAAUCAGAUCCCUCCUACAUGUGUUGACAGGCUAACAGAAGUACGAGGCUUCACUGACGCCCAGAAGGAGGAGUACUUCAGGAGGAGAUUCAGUGAUGAAGAGCUGUCCAGCAGAAUCAUCUCCCACAUGAAGACAUCCAGGAGCCUCCACAUCAUGUGUAGUAUCCCAGUCUUCUGCUGGAUCACUGCUACAGUUCUGGAGCACAUGUUGACUACAGAGCAGAGAGGAGAGCUGCCCAAGACCCUGACUGACAUGUACUCACACUUCCUGCUGGUUCAGACAAAGAGGAAGAAGAACGAGUUUCUGGCUGCAGUCUACAUGUUCCAUUGUUUCACCAACUGGAACACAGAGGUGCUGAAGAACUUCUUUCGGAAAAAAUAUAAAGAGUCAUCUUUGGAUGUAUUUCUGAGCAGAGUCAUGAGAAAAUCCCUCCAGAGUAAAAAUGGCCACCUGGACCUGUUUGUUCGCUUCCUUCAUGGCCUCUGUCUGGAGUCCAACCAGAGACUCUUAGGAGGUCUGCUGGGUCAGACAGAGAUCACUCCAGAAACCAUCCAGAAAGUCACCAAGAACUUGAGGAAGGUGAUCAGUGAUGAAAUCUCUCCUGACAGAAGCAUCAACAACUUCCACUGUCUGAUGGAGCUGAACGACCUCUCAGUACAUCAGGAGAUCCAAGAGUUCCUGAAGUCAGAUAAAGGACCAAAGAAGAAACUCUCUGAGAUCCAGUGCUCAGCUCUGGCCUUCAUGCUGCAGAUGUCAGAAGAGGUUCUGGAUGAGUUGGACCUGCAGAAGUACAACACAUCAAAACGGGGACGACAGAGACUGAUACCAGCUCUGAGGAACUGCAGAAAGGCUCGGUGA